AUGUUCAUUUGGAAUGCAGCUCCUUCUCAUGAGUUUUUGUUACCAGAGGAUGUUUGGAUUGAGUUGGUUCCUUCGUCACAAGCUGACCUGUGGCGGGUUCUGGAAGCCGAACAAAACCCCCGUUUGCGCCUCCGAGUGGAUAUCAAUCGGCAACUCUCAGACAUUAUCAAGCUGGUGGAACUGAAGUGGCAAUUGGCUGCCGAACGCAUGUUGGCAUUGCUCGACUUCCCUGUUGUACGUGAAUCUCCUACGGUACGGCUGCUCAUCCGUACAGCUCCCCACCAAGCCAUCGACGGAGCGAUCCGUUUGCAAGAGGUAGCUCGAGUUCGUUCUGGCGAUCUGUCGCUUCGUUCGUUCGUCAAACGUCGGCUUGCUUCAAAAACCAACGAUCUCUCUUCCGGUAUGUUUGCUUUUCAACUAAGUACUAUGGUAGCAAAUUUUUUGAGUGUAUUACUACGGGUGUUGUGUCGUGUCUAG